AUGAGACCCACUUGGAGAGUUAACAAAAAAAUUAAUCUAUCUGGUACCUCAUCUAAAUCUAAAUCAUCUCGAGAAAUACUCUUGCAAAUUCAAAUUCAAAAACAAGAAAGAGAGGCAAAUAACCAACGAGAGAAUGCUGCAAUACUUAUUCAAUCAGUUAUAAGAAGAUACCAAGUAAAGAAAACUAUUCCAUCUUUGUUUGUAGAAAAUUUUAAAUUAUUUAAAGAAUUAAAAGGAAACAAAGAAUAUAGUUCUUGUAUUACUGCAGCUACUUUAGUUCCUUGUGUUGAAAAUAAUACUUCUGCUUUAAUACUUCUGAAUUAUCAAAGAAAUCAUCCAUUAAUUGGUAAAUUAGCAUGGAAUUUAUUAAUAAGUGAAAUCCAAUUAAAUCCACGAGCAAUGUUAAUGCUUGUUAAUACAUUUAUUAAUAAACCUACUGUUCCAAAGGCUUAUCCAAACAAAAAAAUAUUACCAAUACUUCCUUUUCAAUUAAGACAACAACUAAUCACUACUCUAUGUUUAUAUCCAAAUCAAGGACUAUUAGAUUAUUUUACAAUUGAAGGUGAAUCAAUUAUUCCAUUAUCCAAACAGUCAUUAGAUUAUUUAUUUACUGUUGAUUUAACAAAUUAUCAGUCAUUAAUUAUUUAUUUAUUACAAUCACCUGAAUUACCUCCAAUUUAUGAAGUUAAGUUCAUUAGUGAAUUGUCAACAAUAGAAACUGUAAAUACAAGGGUAUUAAAAUUAUUGCAUAAUAAGAAAGUACCUGUUCCAACUAAAACCACUUUCUUUAUACAUUUAAAUUUGUAUAAACUACUCAAACAAAGUCAAACAUUAUUACAUUUAUUUUUACAGAAUUUUCCAUUCCCCUUCUUAGAUCUAAUGCAACCAUUUAUUGAAACAGAUGCACCAUAUCAUAAUGAUGCAGUUAAUUUAUAUAUAAGUCUCUGUCACGACGUUCUUUCAACAAGACUAUACAUCAAUUUAUAUGAAGAUAUGUUACCUUCCUUGAAGUAUUUACUACCUUUAUUAAAAGUUAAUGAAAAUCAACAGGUAAUGCAAGACUUACAUCUCCUUAUUAGACACUCACCAUUUCCACCAUCACUACUUCCAUUUACAAAAAGUGUGAAUCCAACACUAUUCUCUCCAUUACCACAAAAACUUAUUGGAAUAUUUUCUAAGUUAAAUAAUGAUAUUACUUUUAAAUCAACUAUAAAAAUAAGAAGAGAUUAUCUCAUUGAGGAUAGUUUAGCACAAAUUAAUCAUUGUGAUAUAAAUGCAAUUCAAAUUAAAUUUGUUGAUCAAUUUGGAAUAGAAGAAAAUGGUGUAGAUGGUGGUGGAUUAUUAAGAGACUAUCUUAUUUCAACGCUAAACUCUUGUGUUGAAGUAUUACAUUUAUUUGAGAGAAAUUCUGAUGGGUUAUUAACAUUUGGUCAAAUACAAAAGAAUUUAGUUGAAGCAAGUGAAGAUGAAUUAUAUCAAAUGGCAGGGCGGUUAAUUGGUAAAUGCUUAAAUGAAAAAGUCUCAAUUGAUUUAGUAUUUUCUGAUGAUAUUCUUAUAGGACUAACUAAUCCAGAAGAUGAUUCUAUCAAUAUUAAUACACUUGCUAGUAUUGAUUAUGUUUUUGCAAAAAAUUUAAAUGAAUUAAGUGAUAUGAGUGAAGAGGAAUUAAAAUCAUUAGAAUUAACAUUUACAUAUGAUAAUGUGUCAUUAAUUACUGGUGGAGAUAAAAUAUUUGUCAACAAAAAUAAUGUAAAUUAUUAUAUUUCAUGUGUGAUAUUUUAUAUCACACAUAUAAGAAAUAGCAAACGAAUUAGAUCAUUGAGAAAUGGAUUAUUAAGUGUUAUUAAGGAAGAAGAUAUUAGAUUAUUAUUCCCUGAUGAAUUACAACAUUGGAUAAGUGGUAAAUCAAGUGUUAUUGAUGUAAAUGAUUGGCAACAAAAUACAGUAUAUCAUAAUAUAAAACCUGAUGACCAAUUAAUUCAAUGGUUCUGGAGUAUUGUUGAAUCUUUUUCAGAAGAAGAAAAAUCAUUAUUAUUACAAUUUAGUACUUCAUUAAUUAAACCACCUUUCUUUGGAUUUGGAUCAUUAGAACCUAAAUUUGCAAUUUACUUCACUAAUCAAUCUUCUGAACAUUUACCUACAUCAUCUACAUGUGCUUAUAUGUUAAGAAUACCAAAUUACAAUUCUAAAGAAGAAAUGAAACAACAACUAAUUAAAGCAAUAACAUCAAAAUCAGGAUUUGCAUUUUCUUAA